UUUAAAUCUCUGUUUUAACGAUGCAAAAAAAGGAAAAUCCAGAACUAUGAGAUAGGGAGUAGUAAUUUAUUUCAAGCUAUAAAAUCUACUGCAGAAACUGGUAAAUCUCCCAUUAACCAGAAAUCAAGUAUUGGUUGCUCAAUUAAAUGGUCUCAUUCUACA